ACAUCAUACAGUCAGUUGACUUACUAGUCUACGAACUCAAUGUUCUAAUCGAAUAUGAGCAGGUCGUACUAACGAAGACAACCUCACCCUCUACAUCAUGCGAACUGUUCGUUGGCGUACUUUUACACACGCCCGAAGCUGCGCACGCGCAAACACUUUCGAACCUUAGUUGUUGGAAGUUCGAUCGUUGCUGCAACGCUACGACGCCGUGCGUGUUUAGUAGUAUCUCAAGUAGCCGGUAACAGUCACCUGUGCAAGAGCGGCAUCGCCGUCGUCAAGUAUCAGCAUGGGUUGCAUGCUGAGUGCGGAGGAUAAAGCAGCGGCAGAACGCAGUAAGCAGAUAGACAAACAACUACGAGUGGAAGGUGAGCGCGCUUCUCGCGAAGUGAAGCUUCUUCUUCUUGGAGCUGGAGAAUCAGGCAAGUCAACGAUCGUCAAACAGAUGAAGAUAAUUCACGAGAGCGGCUAUUCUGCCGAUGAAUGUCUCCAAUAUCGACCUGUUGUCUUUAGCAACACGAUCCAGUCCAUGAUUGCGAUCGUGCGUGCGAUGGGAAAGCUAAAGGUUGAGUUUGGCGAUCCCAGCUGCACGGAAUCUGCUAGAAAGCUCUUCAAUAUUGCUGGGCAGGGAGAAGAUGGCGACUUCACGCCAGAAGUUGUCGCUGUUUUGAGAAAGCUUUGGUCUGACACCGGCGUUCAGACCUGCUUCAAGCGAGCGAGAGAGUAUCAACUUAACGACUCGGCGUCGUACUAUCUCAACGAAUUAGACCGACUAGGCAGUCCAGAUUACGUUCCAACACAACAAGAUGUCCUGAGGACACGCGUCAAGACGACAGGUAUCGUCGAAACUCACUUCACUUUCAAGAAUUUGCAUUUCAAGAUGGUGGACGUAGGCGGCCAACGUUCCGAGCGAAAGAAAUGGAUCCACUGCUUCGAAGGUGUGACGGCUAUUAUCUUUUGUGUCGCACUGAGCGCAUACGACCUCGUCUUGGCUGAAGAUGAGGAGGUUAAUCGAAUGCACGAGAGCAUGAAGCUGUUCGAUUCCAUUUGCAAUAAUAAAUGGUUCGAGCAGACGUCUAUCAUUCUCUUCCUUAACAAAAAGGAUCUAUUUGAAGCGAAAGUGGUAAAGUCACCCCUCACCAUCUGCUUUCCAGAGUACAGGGGCCCUAGCACUUUUCAAGAGGCUGCCACAUAUAUCCAAUUUCAGUUCGAAAAUCUCAAUAAGAAGAAGGACACAAAAGAGAUUUACACGCACUUCACUUGCGCUACGGACACAGGCAACAUCCAGUUUGUCUUCGAUGCAGUAACAGACGUCAUCAUCAAGAACAAUCUUCGUGACUGUGGACUCUUCUAAGAUUCUGCUUUUCUCAUCUGCUGGAUGACGUUUGAGAAAUGGACAGAUGUUGGUGCCUAGAACGCUGACUGUUUUAUGGGCUGUACUGUAAUUGGAAUUAGUGAUUAAUUGAAAGUAGUAACUGAUGGAAUUAGAGUAUUUAUGUUUGCAUGAAGGUAGGUGUUCGUUGAUUUGUGGAAAAUCAUGCACUCAUGUAUUAGAAUGAGGUUACCUUAUGGUUACCCCUCUAGUCACCAUGAUAUUACUGUAAGAUGAGGUUACUUUCUGUGCUAUCUCA